CUUUGAAAGCGCGACUUCAAAAAGUUCCAAGGUUGCAAUUCACUUUUUACAUAUCGCCAUCUUUCCACUCGACUAUAUUCAUCAGCCACCGGAAGCUCGAUAUACCACCACUAUUUCUCGCCAGCACCCAAAAGUUACAACUAGAUCUGAGUAUACCACAUCAUGUCAAAAAGGCACGCCUCUGAAGCGUUAGAGGAUUUAUAUGGCGUUGGUUCGCCUGCAUCCAAAAGGUCGCGAUUAGACGAUGGUCCAGAACACGAUGGAAGCACCGCCUCUAUCUCUGACGGAAGAAUGGACGAAGAGGAAGAUGAUGGAUUCGAAGACGAUAAUACAAAAGCCCCGAUACGGCAAGCCGCCCCUACAGCAGGUUACGACGACCUCUACCUGGACACAAUAGAUCGCAACGUGCUCGACUUCGACUUUGAAAAGCUAUGCUCUAUUAGCUUAUCCAAUAUAAAUGUCUACGCCUGUCUGGUCUGUGGGAAAUACUUUCAGGGACGAGGACCCAAGUCGCAUGCAUACUUUCAUUCGCUAGAAGUCGGACACCAUGUCUUCAUCAACAUGGAGACGCAAAAGGUCUACGUGCUACCGGAGGGCUACGAAGUGAAGAGCAAAUCCCUGGACGAUAUAAAAUACGUAUCCGAUCCGAGAUACACGAAACAAGAAGUGAUGGAGUUGGAUCGCAAACCCCGAACAGCGUGGACACUCGGUGGGAAGGAAUACACUCCUGGCUUUGUGGGAAUGAAUAACAUUAAGGAGAACGACUACCUUAAUGUGGUAGUCCAGGCGUUAUCUCAUGUCGCGCCACUCCGAAACUACUUCUUACUAGAAGAACUCUCGUCACGACCCGAACUCGUUAAGCGAUGCGCCAUCUUAUUCCGCAAGAUUUGGAACCCGCGAGCCUUCAAAAACCACGUGUCCCCACACGAAUUGCUACAGGAAAUCUCCUUAAAAUCCAAUAAGAAAUUCACCUUGACCGUACAAUCCGACCCCGUCGAGUUUUUAUCAUGGUUUCUCAACAAUUUGCAUUUAGGACUAGGUGGAAGCAAAACCAAGCCGGGUAGCAGCAUCGUACAGAGGAUAUUUCAGGGGAAGCUAAAAGUCGAGUCGCAAGCCAUCACAGCCAAGGCAGAUGCCAACGACCGGUUACGAUUUGAGGAGGCCGCAGAAGUCAAGACGAAUAUCAGUCGCUUUUUGCUCCUAACUCUAGACCUUCCAGCAGCGCCUCUCUUUCAGGAUGAGCUGGAGCGCAACAUCAUUCCCCAAGUGCCACUGACGACCAUCUUAUCCAAGUACGACGGCGUCAAGGCGCAGGAGCAUCUCGCGCAGAGGAAACGAUACCGGCUGAUGCACCCCUUGCCGCCGUUCCUCACCUUCCACAUCAAACGCUUCUCUACGAACAAGUUCGUAUCGGAGCGCAACCCUACGAUUGUAACGUUUGACGCGCGCGUCGGCCUCGACGUAUCGCCGUAUGUGGAGCCGAGCCCGGCGGACCAUGCACCAGGCGAGCCGAUCUGGUACGAUCUGGUGGCGAAUGUGACUCACGAAGCGGUGCGAGCGAAAGAGGACGUGGCGGAUUCGGGAGAGGAGCGCAAAACGUGGAAGGUCCAGCUCAAGGAUAAGGGGAGAGACGAGUGGGUUGUCUGUCAGGAUCUCUUUGUGGAGCAGACGCAGAAGGAAUUGCUGUAUCUGGGAGAGUCGUAUUUGCAGAUCUGGGAGAGGAGGCGAGAUGGUAAAGGGAAACGGAAAACGUGAUAGAUGAAGAAUUGGCUUGAGAUUGAGCAGUGAGAUACUUACCUACCUACUGGUGUAGGAUAAUUAUACCAUCCAUCGCAUUGAAACUUUUUUACAUUCAGGGGAUCUCUCUUCUACCGUGUUUGAACAUUGAUCUGAAAUUCCUUCAACUACCAGCAUAUAUCUCCGUACCUACAUAACCAUACAUACAGUACAUACAUACAUAUCGUUACCCAAAAUGUACCUAGGCAAGUAUCUUAUGCAUUUUUAUCGUUUCUGUUCCUCUAACAGUCUCC